AAGACAAACCCAACCAGUUGCACCACAACCGGAUGGAGGAACCCAGCUGACACACCAAGACAAGUCUGUGUGUAGGGAAGCUUGGGGAUCAGCUCCUUUUACUUCAGGAGAGCCUGAACUCAAUUAGUGCAAUUUUUAAAGCAUGGCCUGAAUGAUUCAGUGGAUAUCACGUCAAACUACAAAUGUGAAAGGCUGAUAGCACUGCCAAAUAGGUCAGCGGACUCUCCAAUCUGACUCUCUGGCGGCCAUCAUCACCUGUCUUGGUUUUGUUUGGUUACUUUGCUCUCCUGUGCAAAUGUUGCGAGUCUACCUAACCAGGAAACAUCUGAGGACAUAAAAGCUACACUCAAGGAACAUGUCCUUUUAGCACCUUCACUUUUUGAUCCCUACAGAAGAGAAUGAGAAAUCAGAUGGUGACGAUGAUGACAACUUCAGUCAGCAGCUGGUCUUGCUCCUCCAAAGGAGUGCACUUUAAUCAUAGUGUCCAAUCGCCAUACAACUUCUCAGGAGCAUCAAAUUCUACUGCCUGCUCCAUGGAUGAGAAAUUACUCUCUAGUGUGUUAAUAACAUUUUACUCUGUUAUUUUCAUCAUGGGGCUGGUUGGAAACAUAAUUGCCCUCUAUGUAUUUCUGGGUAUCCACCGCAAAAGAAAUUCCAUUCAGAUUUACCUACUCAAUGUAGCCAUUGCAGACCUCUUACUUAUCUUCUGCCUCCCUUUCCGAAUAAUGUAUCACAUUAAUCAAAACAAGUGGACACUAGGUGUGAUUCUUUGCAAGGUUGUGGGAACACUAUUUUAUAUGAACAUGUAUAUUAGCAUUAUUUUGCUUGGCUUCAUCAGUUUGGAUCGUUACAUCAAAAUUAAUCGGUCUAUCCAACAACGGAAGGCAUUAACAACCAAGCAGAGUAUUUAUGUUUGCUGUAUAGUAUGGAUAGUUGCUGUUGCUGGAUUUUUAACUAUGAUCAUUUUAACCCUUAAGAAAGGAGGUCAUAAUUCCACAAUGUGCUUCCAUUACAGAGAUAAGCUCAAUGCAAAAGGAGAAGCAAUUUUUAACUACGUUCUUGUGGUAAUGUUCUGGCUAAUUUUCCUACUAAUCAUCCUUUCAUAUAUUAAGAUUGGCAAGAAUCUAUUGAGGAUUUCUAAAAGGAGGUCAAAAUUUCCGAAUUCUGGUAAAUAUGCCACUACUGCCCGGAAUUCCUUCAUUGUGCUUAUCAUUUUUACUGUAUGUUUUGUUCCCUACCACGCCUUCCGAUUUGUCUAUAUUUCUUCACAGCUAAAUGUGUCGUCUUGCUAUUGGAAGGAAAUCGUUCACAAAACCAAUGAGAUCAUGCUGGUUUUCUCAUCUUUUAACAGCUGUUUAGAUCCAGUCAUGUAUUUCCUGAUGUCCAGUAAUAUUCGCAAGAUAAUGUGCCAGCUUCUUUCUAGACGAUUUCAAGGGGAAGCGAGCAGGAGUGAAAGUACUUCAGAAUUUAAACCAGGAUACUCCCUACAUGAUACAUCUGCCAUGGCUAAAAUUCAGACUACUUCUUAAAGCACUUAUGUUGAACAUAUGAAAAAGUGAUAAAAUGCAGCCUAAUUCCCUGAAGAACAAAAAAUCAUGAAACAAAGCUCAGGUCUUCCUGAAGUUCUUUGCUUAUCUGUGAUAUUUCAUUUGCUUAAUUGUAAUAUAUUUCAAGAGUAAGCUUAUAGUCAUCACUGGAGUACAUCUGUAUAUAAAAUCUUUCACAAAUAUAUUGUUAGGCUAAUGCUGUUAACAUAGAUUAUAAAAUUAACUGAAAUUUAUGAUUUUGACUAUAGAAUAAUCAAAGAAAAUGUCAUAGUUUCUCAAGUCACUAAAGUAAUUAUUCAAAAUCAAGUACCGAAUACUAAUUUAAAGUGUGUUUAACAGUUAACUGAUUUGAGGACUGACUUAAAAUGUCAGAAAAUAUAUGUUCAUUGCCAUUUGAAAAGCUUGUAUAAUUUGCCAUUGUAUUCAUUUAUGUCUAAGCCUAUCAACAGAUAAAAUAAUAAUUAAUAAAAUUCUAACAAAAAUGAAAUCAACCCAUUAUCUAUCACUCCUUAGAUAAAAUGGAAAGAAUUUAAAUGCUGUACAGUAAAAAUCAAACAAUAGAUGAGCUAAAAUUCAAUAACCUAGCUACAGGACUUAAGACUGCAACUUACUUAAAACAGAUUUAUUAGCAAUUUAGCCAUCUUGAACCGCACAGUUUGGUAAAGUAUAAUUAAAGAUGCAUAUACCAUAUGAGCCAGCAAGUUCACUGCUAGGUAUACAUCUUACAGAAGCACUCAAAACAUAUACAUAAAACACAUGUAAAGAUGCUCACUGACCUACUGCUCAUAAUAUUAAACAAAUGGAAACAACCUAAGUAUGAGUAUGCAUCAGCAAAGGAAUGGAGAGAGAAACUACAUCUGCAUGCAUCAACAUGGAGAAUUCUCAAAAAUAACACUGAAUAAAAACCAAAAACUGCAAAGGGUAUGUACCAUAUGAAAUGAUUUAUGUAAAAUACAAAACUAUGUUCAUAUUCUUUACAGAUCUGUACAUAUGCAAUAAAAAUAUAAAACAUA